AUUACCAUGAGUUGCUAUCGAGAACUUACAUUACGUUACUACAAUCGCUAGCGCCUAAACGCGGUUCGUGUAGAUUUCGAAACAACUGGUACCAUGAGUCAAUUACUCGUUUACUAUACUCGCUAACGUAAGCUCGAUUCAUCGUGUAGUUAACGUUACGAUAGCGAAUUACCUUGGAGUGACGUGCCUAACUUCACAGCAAAGAAAGCUAUCUCUUUUUGACUAUACUGAAACGACAGAGUAGGACGAUAUUGGGCAAAAAGCUAAGUAUCCAAGCAUUCGUUUAAAAAAUAUAAACAUAACCGUGCUAAUUUAAAGCGUCAUGGCACAGUAUUAUUAUGUAAAGUGUUAGUGGGGGUCUUGUAUUUGUGUUGGUUACUUUGUCAAUGUGACAGUUCUCUACUUAAGUUUGAGUCGAUUGGCAUGACGUAAAUUGUGUUACUGUGUAUAAAAAAAAGUGCCUAGCGCCGCUAAAGAAGUUUUCACUUCAAAAUUAACUGAUUUGCAAGACCAAAGUGAUCCCAUAAGUGUUCCGUAAACAAAGUUUUGUACGGAACACUAAAAAAUGCGUACUAGUACGUCGCAAUUUCAACUUCUAGUUGACUACAUGCAAAAGUAAGUAUCUAUGUACUUUAACUUUAAUUUGAGUUAUACAGUCUCCCUAGUUUAUAAUAAUAUGAUGAAAUAUUUUAGUUUCAAGUGGUUAGCAAAGUAUUUUAAGGUCCCUCUCAUCUCAUGUGUUAACAGGCAUGGUGACCUUAGCAAACCCAGCGAUGGGCCACAUGGGAAGGAGCUCAAUACCCGACGGUGGGCCGAGCUGACACAACUUUUAAACGCGGAUGCGACAGGCGUCACCAAAAAUACAGAUAAGUGGAGAAAGGUGUGGAGUGACCUGAAGAACAAUACGAAGAAAAAGGCUGCUCGGAUAUUCAGAGCUGGAGCAGGAACUGGUGGUGGUCCUGCUUGUACAUUAAAAUUAAGUGACCUAGAGCAGAGGGUGCUGGCUAUAACAGGGACACGGGCAGCUACAGGCAUUGUAGAAAUUCCGGAGGUUGGCCUGGAGGUAGGGUAAUGGGUACUUCAUGCUUAAUAACAAUUUCGGCGGGGUGUGUAGCAUGGCGUCGGGCUCACAAGUAAUUUGAGCAGCGUGUACUAAGGCUGCUCCUAUACGCUUCCAUUUGUUUACUUAACAUGCAAUCCGCACACCCCGC